AUGGAUACCGGUCCAAAGCAAAGUAGACAACUGAACCCACGCUAUAAAGCAAACAUAUUUUCUAUUCUUACAUUUGGAUGGACUUUAGAGACUUUUAAACUUGGUUAUACGCGUGAUAUCAAGGACAGUGAUCUGUAUGCACCGUUACCGGAACACCGUUCUGAUGUCUUAGGUGAUGCGGUACAAAAAGCUUGGGAUCAAGAAGUAGAAAAAUGGCGUGAGCGAGGGAGUCAUGCUAAACCCAGCCUUUGGCGGGUUUUGUCUAAAGUUUUUGGACAAGAGCUGAUGCUGUAUGGUCUUAUACUGGCCGCGAUGGAAUUCAUUAUUAGGUUACAACAACCACUAUUUUUGGGACUGUUGUUAAGGUACUUCAGUCCCAUACACGAAUUACACAAUAGCACAGCAAAUGCGACUUACAUCGGCCGGCUGUGGAGCUACUACAACCCUAGCGGCGGCGUAUCGUGGGGUGAAGCAGUUUUCUUCUCGUUCGGGGUAGUGUUCUGCAGCGCUGUCAACGUUAUGGUUCAGCACCCUUUCAUGAUGGGCGUCAUGCAUAUAGGCAUGAAAAUGCGAGUCGGAACGUGUAGUCUCAUUUAUAGAAAGGCCCUAAAAGUUAACUUACAAGCUAUGUCGGAGAGCAGUGCAGGAUUAGUAAUGAAUUUAAUGGCAAACGAUGUCAACAGAUUUGAUACAGGGCCACUUUUUGCUCAUUAUUUAUGGAUUGGACCUUUAGAAACAAUGAUAAUGACAGCGUAUUUAUUUCGCGAAAUGGGAACACCGGCUGUGUACGGAGCUCUGAUUAUCAUCGCUGUAGUUCCUUUCCAAAUAUUUUUGGGUACACGGACUGCAUAUUAUAGAAUGCGCACGGCUCUGAGGUCUGACGAACGAGUGAGACUCAUGAAGGAAAUCGUAAUGGGAAUAGAAGUAAUCAAGAUGUACACUUGGGAGCAACCAUUCAGGAAGAUUAUCGAUAAAGUCAGGAGGAGUGAAAUAUACAACAUCAAGAUGACUUCGUACAUUCGCGGCGUCAUCAUGUCCUUCGUGAUGUUCACGUCCCGUUUCGGGAUUUUUAUAACUGUUCUAUUCUACGUGACGUACGUGAGUCGUAUAUCAGUGGAGAAUGUCUUCUUCCUCACAUGCUAUUACAACAUCAUGAAGCAAACGAUGACGCUCUACUUCCCGCAGGCUGUUGGACAGAUAGCAGAGCUAAUUGUAGCAGUUCAAAGGAUACGCGACUACCUGCUAUCUGAAGAAUGCAGAUUGCCUCCGAGGAUCCUUUUGGAACCUAAAAGAAUUAAUUCUAGACCUAAGAAAAGAGUUAUUAUUUUAGAGAACCCGCUGCAGCUUCCUGUGAGACGUGAUGUACCAACUACAUCGAAGGAAAAUGAUGAUAAGAAAAAAGAUGCUCCUAAGAAAGAUAUAUCUAUAAAAUUCGACAAAGCUUGCAGCCGCUGGAUAAAAUCGUUGGGCAAAAAUGACGCCGAAAAUAUCAAUUUAGAGAUUCAGUCUGGAAGUUUGACAACAGUAAUUGGUGCAGUUGGAGCAGGAAAGUCGACUUUGUUGCACAUGGUAUUGGGUGAACUGCCUUGUACAAGUGGCAGUAUCGAAACUCGCGGCAGCGUCAGCUAUGCUGGUCAAGAUCCCUGGCUCUUUGUCGGCUCUGUUCGGCAAAAUAUCCUCUUUGGUCUGCCAUUUAAAAGAUCACGUUACAUGGAAGUUUGCAAAGUAUGCGCCUUAGAAAGAGACAUCUCGCUUUUCCCCCAUGGUGACAAAACGGUGGUGGGUGAGAGGGGAGUCUCGCUGAGCGGUGGCCAAAGAGCCCGAGUUAACUUGGCACGAGCUGUUUAUAAAGAAGCCGACAUAUAUUUAUUAGACGAUCCUUUAUCAGCUGUCGAUACUCAAGUUGCGAAACAUAUAUUUGAAAAUUGUAUCAAAAGAUAUUUGGCUGACAAAACAGUGGUACUUGUAACUCAUCAACUGCAAUUCAUAAAAUCUGUUGAUCAAAUUGUCGUGAUGGAUAAAGGCAGAAUUAUCGCUGAAGGAGGCUUCAAAGAAUUGAACCAGAAAAAAUUGAAGAUCUUCCAGCUGAUGGCCAGUAAUUUGCGCGAGAUUCAUGAAGACGAGGCGCCUCACAGCCUUCAUAGUGUGUCCGUAGCACAGCUCAGUGCCAUGAGUAUGCAGAGGCGACAUCUAUCUUUGGUGUUCAAAACGAGUUAUUUGGACCAGCUUCCAGAGGCGGAGAUGCAGACGGAGGGUCGCGUGCGUGGCUCUGUGUACCGGGAUUAUUUCAUGGAGGCAUCAACCUGUCCAUAUGUUUCCCUUGUCUGCCUCAUGUUCUUGUUAGCGCAGUUCUGUGCGAGCGCGUGCGACUACUGGAUUAGUAAAUGGAGUCACGCAGAAGAUCGUCUCACAGGUGAUACUACUAUGGACAAUAUUUUGUGGAAGGAACAAGGCUUGCACCGUGACGGCUUCGUGCUCGUUUUUGGCGUUAUCACUAUUGCUACUAUAAUCAUUGCUCUUCUAAGAGCCUUCUCAUUCUUCUCAUUAUGUAUGAGAUCCUCAAUCAAGUUACACGAUAAAAUGAUCGAAUACGUGUCAGGGUCACCAAUGAGUUUCUUCCACGCAAAUCCGUCUGGAAGAAUAUUAAACAGAUUCAGCAAAGAUAUGGGAGCGGUUGACGAACUUUUACCCCAAGCAAUGAUAGACUGUUUUCAGAUAAUAUUAAACUUAAUAGGUGUGAUAGGCGUUAUAUUAAUGACUGAUAUAACACUCCUGAUACCCACAGCUGCUGCACUUAUAAUAUUUUAUAUUUUGAGAGUUAUUUAUAUUCGAACAACGGGCGCUGUUAAAAGACUAGAAGGAAUAACUCGCAGCCCUGUUUUCGGUCAUCUGAACGCGUCAGUGCUCGGCCUGGUCACCAUUCGUUCAUUUGGUGCAGAGCUCCUUCUAGCGGAAGAGUUCGACCGACACCAGGACCUCCACAGCGCCGCGUGGUACCUGUUCAUCACCUGCAGUCGAGCCUUCGGGUUCUUCCUCGAUGUCAUAUGUUUGCUGUUCAUCAUAUGUGUCACUUUCAGCUGCCUUAUGAAAAUUGACAUGGAAGCUAGUCAGGUUGGACUUGCCAUCACGCAGUCCAUAUCUUUGACGGGUAUUUUUCAAUGGGGCAUGCGGCAGUCUGCAGAAAUGGAAAAUCAGAUGACCAGUGUCGAAAGAGUAAUGGAAUACACAAAGUUGCCUCAAGAACCUGCACUAAGAAGUGAACAACAUAAGAAACCACCACAUAAUUGGCCCGAGGAAGGGGCCAUAAACUUCGACAAUAUCAGUUUGAAAUAUACUCCAGAUGGAAAUUAUGUACUGCACAAGCUGCAAAUAAAUAUCAGGCCACAAGAAAAGAUUGGAAUUGUAGGCAGGACAGGAGCAGGAAAGUCUUCAAUAAUACAAGCCCUAUUUAGACUGGCUUAUUUAGAGGGUUCUAUAUUUAUAGAUGGUGUUGAUAUUAUGUCGAUUGGUUUACAUGAUUUGAGAGAAAAAAUAUCUAUCAUACCUCAGGAACCAGUAUUAUUCAGCGGUACUAUGAGAAAAAAUUUAGAUCCAUUCGAUGAAUACCCAGAUGAGGUGUUACUAAGAGCUUUAGAAAAUGUUGAACUACAGACGGGCGAGGAAAAUGCUGGUCCUUUGUACAAGUUAGUGUCGGAGAGCGGUUCUAACUUCAGCGUUGGCGAGAGACAGUUGGUUUGCCUCGCACGCGCCAUCGUACAUAACAACCGCGUGUUGGUGCUGGACGAAGCCACUGCCAACGUGGACGCAGAGACCGACGCACUCAUACAGACUGCCAUCCGGACACAUUUCAGCGCCUGCACCGUGCUCACUAUAGCGCACCGACUCAAUACAGUCAUCGACUCAGACAAGAUUCUGGUGUUGGACGCUGGACGUCUGAUGGAGUUCGACCAUCCACACAUUCUGCUUCAGAAUAAGAAGAGUAACUUCUAUAAAAUGGUAUCAGAAACCGGUCCGUCUAUGGCAGCGUUACUGCACAAACUAGCCGCUGAGAAUUACAAGAACAGGCUACCACGCAAAUGA